CUAGCGACUAACCAUUCGUGGAAAGAUAGGUAGGUAUCGUACGAGUAUGUACCUAGCUCUACCAAAAGUUUUCGUCACAAUUGAUUCAUUCACGAAUGAAUAGCUCACGAACAUAAUAUUUCUUAUCUAAGCCCCGACUUCAACCCUCGUUUUUAGGCUCUCGUCCCCUCCACCAUUCAUGCCAAAAUUUCUUUCACGAAAAAAAUCGUGAACAAAUCGCGUCUUGCGACGGUCAACGCAGAACGAUCAUCGAUCGACAAGCAGGGCUCCUUUUUCCUCGAUUCAAGUUCCAGAUACGCUAAGAAAUAGGCUUCGAGUACACUAAUCCCAUAUCAAUCGAACAGCAGCCAGAGAACCGGCUCCGAAAAGAAUGCCUGCAUCAACUUCUUCAUCGGUGCCUCUGAUCAAGGGGUACAUACCCGUCCGUCUCAACCUCCCGCGCCAACCCCAAUUCGUCGCUCGACAGGGAGAAGACGAAGACGACGGGACGGAGGACGCGUUUUUCUUUGUUCGGGAGCACCAGGGCAGGUCCGCCGAAAACGACAACGCCAGCAACAACCAAGGAACAACCACUAAAAAAGGAACCACGUUGUUCGUCGCCAACGCGCCCGUAGUUCCCGGUGUGUCAACCAAGCUCCUACUCAAAUCGAUCUUUGGGAGGUUUGCCGAGGUGACCCGGGUCACUGCGGUCCAGAAUCCGAGAGCCGCGGCCACGGCUGUAGCCAAUGAGGACGGUGAUUUCGGAAUCACUUCACACGCCACAACGUCGUCUUCAGACAGCAUUUUUGCGUGGACCGACAAGGAGGCAGCCUUUCUGCCAACCUUUUUGCCUCCUAUCCUUUCGUCAACCGAGGGAAAGUAUGCUCACGUGGUGUUCAGUUCCGCCAAAGAACUCAAAAAAGCGAAAAAGGCACUGGAAGAUCUAAWGUCUGCUUCGUCAAAAGGGAAAAAAUCGUCUCGCCGGCGUUCCAAGGACCAAUCAAACAAAACUAACAAAGAACAUGCGCUUAUCGUCGACAAGCUCGAACUGCAAACCCUAUCGGACGAAAGCAUGCGGCAACGGGAAGAAAUUCUUCGAAUCACAGUGAAGGAGGCAAGCGACGACGACGAUGAUUUUGGGGACGGUGACGAGAACACCGGAACAAAAAAGCCACAAACGAAACCCGAACAGCCCACAGGCGUCCUGGCCGUAGCCCAGCGCUACAGGGAGAGCUGCCGGUUCCUCAAGAACCGGUCCAAGCUCAUGGAGGAAUGUAACGCGGUUAUGCAGGCCUACGAGGAGGCCGAGGAAGCCAAGCGCCUCGCCAUAGAGGCCGCGCGGGCGGAGCCCGACGCCGACGGCUUUGUUUCGGUCUCGUACUCGAGUGCCGUGGGAAGCAAGAUCGACCUGGAGCAGAGUGCCACGGCCACGACCCCGAGCCGCAGAAAGGGAAACAAGCGGACCCGGAAGAAGAAGGAGGCCUACGGUGCCGGGGAGCUCACUGAUUUUUAUCGGUUUCAGCGGGCGGACAACCGGAGGCGAACCAUGGAAGAUUUGCGACGGAAAUUCGAGGAGGACGUGAGGAAGGUAAAGCGCCUAAAGCAAGAAAAGGAGUACCGGCCGUUCUAAGGAUCGGUUCUCGCACUCUAGUACUGUUUAUUUUAGGACUUAUCGCUCGCCAUCGCAAAAUUUAAGGCAAUCUGUGUACAAUCAUUUCUAGAAAACAAGGCCUUUACUACAUGAAGCGUUCUAUAAAAGUACAGUAGCUUG